AGCCUCCUUCUCAGGCCGGAUACUAUGUCACCCCUGGUUCUGGCCGCUGUAUGAGGCAGCCUCAGGCAGGGGUCCCCGGCCCGUGGCCCCUGCCACAGGGCAUCAGAAUGGAUAGCAGGCACACCCAGAUGCAGGGUUCCCGGUGAUGUGCCGUGAAGACAUCUUCUUCUCAGACCCUCUGCUGCCCCAAGGACAGCGCGUCCCCUUGUACCUUUCCGAGGCCCCCCAGCAGGUGAUAAGCUUCCUGAAGCUGCUGCCGCCACCCCCCGUAAUGUCCCCCUGGGUCUUCCCCAGCCUGUCACCCUCCCCAGGCCGCUUCACCGCCUGGCUCAGUGGGCCGGAGCUGAUAGCUCUCACCGGCCUGCUGCAGAUGAGCCAGGGGGAGCCCAGGCCCAGCUCCUCCGCAGCUGCCACACCGGCUGCUGGCCCCCCAGACCCUGCCUCUGACCGAACCAGCCCCUGUGGUGGCUCCAGCAGUUCUCAUGGUGCUGACCCCUCUCUCCUACAGACCCCAGACACCCAUUGUUCAUAGCCUUCUUGGAGCAGGGUGGGCUGGUUGU